ACAUCUGAAGUAUGACCCCUACUACACACUGCUUAUUGUAAGACGUCAAAACCCAAAAAAGGUUGAAAACCACUGAUUUAAAGAACUUGUACUUUACUUGAACAUUUCCAUUUGAUGCUACUUCAUACUUCCACUCCACUACAUUUCAUUUCUUAGAAAGAAGCAGUCUCUAGCUGGAGCUCCUUGUCAUGAGUUGUUUGCAGUUCCAUUAAAGAGACUUUUCACUCCUAAACUUAUCAUGUGGUUUUAUUUAAAUAAAACCACAUGAUAAGUUUAUAUAUAUAUAUAUACUGUCAUACUCAUGAGAAACUAUCAGCCACCAAUAACCCUGAUAUGUCAUCGCCACAAUACAUUUUUCCCACAAAUUCAAAAGAGAAGUUGAGAAACUAUUUCAUCAGAGUUGCUGCAUUAAUUUCCACUGUGGCACCAAGAGUGAUGAGGAGUUUUCCUGGAGUAUUCUGUAAUUUCCUGGAGUAAUUUGCAGGUGUGUAAUUUAAAUUAGUUUUUAGAGCAUUUUACAGAGAGGAUGUGGGAUAUGUCAUCGCCACAAUACAUUUUUCCCACAAAUUCAAAAGAGACGUUGAGAAAUUAUUUCAUCAGAAUUUCCACUGUAGCACUAAGAGUGAUGAGGAAUGAGGAACAUCUCAUUUAAUGCUAAAUCAUCCGUGAAGGCUUUCUUUGCCUUUUGCACAACAUCAGUGUAUGAAGAACUCCCCAAAAUAUACCAGUGUCUGUGUUUUACAAUGCAAUAUGUUACAUGAAUAUAGAAACAUUACAGAUAUAAAAUCAGGCCAUGUGGUGUAAUUUUAAUGUUUUAGGGACUGUUGAUUUAUAUUGGCUAAUAUACAGCUUGUUUUGUCAAUUAAAUCUGUGCAUGAAAUAUACUAUAAUGUUGAAAUGUGUUGCUACUUGCUUCAGGGAGGUAAUAACUGUGACAUUUCAGUGUAAUUUUCUUGUCCUCAGCUGAAAUUAUUUACUAGUUAGUUAAAAGUCACCAAAACAUUUUGCAAGCUAUGUAAGCUUAAAUGGUGCAUAAUUUGGAGUAUUAUUUUUUUACUUUUAAGUUUUUAUUAUUACAGGUUCUUAAAUAUUAUGCUAAUUUCCUGGAGUAAUUUCUGGUAUUUAACAAUUAAUUUGUAUAACAUCUUACAGAGUGGAUGGUGCAAUUUGGUACAAAUCAUAAGAAGAACAGAAAAAAGUGUUAUGUUGAUUUAUUUGGGAAGUGCUAAUUCAUUAUAUGCAGAUUCAUAUGUAGUUGUUAAUUAGCAAAAAUUCUUAAUAAAUUAGAUUCUUAACAAUUCUUUGACGGACAGAAAAUACUUAGUUUUCAGUGUGUAGUUAUUGUGUCAAACUACAUAUUAGCAUGUUAGAUACAUUUCACGUAUACUUCCAAAUGACAUAACCCUUACAAAGAAACAUCCUAAGAAUUAAUACUUACUGCAGCUACUUUUAAGAAAUUACUGAAAAAACCUAUUAUGUUAACAUAUUGUUUGACAUACAAACCAACACACUCCUAAAAAUAGCUGCUGUGUGACUGUUGUUCACUUCCCAGAGAUCCCAACAGUGUUGCCAGUGUGAUAUCAGUCAUAUUGGCACUUGGAAAAACAGUAUGCCACUUCACAUUCAAGUAAGCCAACCACUGCUGGGUGAUGAUUUUUCCCGGGCAUGUCGCCACCGACACCCAGUUUGUAAUACUGCAAAUGCAAGAGCUUUCAUCAGUGGGCCAUAGGCUAAUCAAUUGUGUUACCUCAUUAGGUGAUAGAUACUGACUUAGCAAACAUUUAUUUUAAUGUAAAACUUUGAGAUUAUUACUUUUAAUGUUGUAAUUUAACAUGCACCACAACAGGUGUCACAUCUAUGUAUUGAGUUGUUGCAACAUUUCUCUGUCAUAUAUUUGUAUGCAUAUUUUAAACUUAGCUAUAAUUAUGAACAAUUAUGAAGUGAGUUUGAAAUUGCACCAAGAACAUGGCAAUACAACAUAAAUUAAAACCACAUCUAACUUUAAUCUUUAGGAAAUUGUCUACAGUAAUGUAGCACAAAUUCCUGUGUCCUCAGCAAAUACAAUCUCUUGACAAAUACCAAAAGACAAUGGUUACAAGCCUACACUGUAAAAAACAGCAAAUUUAAAUUGCAGUUUGAAUUGAACAUUUUGUUAACUGAUUUAAUUGAUGAUAAAGGUUUGUUCUAAUCCUGAGUUUACAGACAUUACUGAUGAGAACAAACAUUUAAGAUACACUAAAUAUAUCCUUUUGUUUACAUUUAGAUUACAGAUUGUGCUUUAAGUUUCUGAGUAUAUUUUACCUUGUAAUAGUGUUUCUUUAUGAGUGUUCGUGAGUUCCCUGUUUUGUGUGAGAUGUCAAGAUAAGUAACUGUACCUAAGAGCUGCUUGUCUUGAGCAACAUUAUUGAAGCUUGUCAUCACCAUCAUCUCCAACAUGAAGAUUCUGACUGUGUCUGCACUUGUUUGUGCCUUGAUGGCUCUGACCACUGCUGACGCUGUUCAAGAGGCAAAGGCUACAAAGGAUCAAACAGAUCAGAGACAGCUGGUCAAAAGGCCAAUAUAUUGUCCCAGUGGUUGGAGUCGGUUCAGAGGUCGCUGUUUUCGGUACAUGCCAAGAGCCAUGAAUUGGGCUGACGCUGAGAAAAAGUGCCAAUCCAUGAAUGCAAACCUUGCAUCAGUACAUAACAUAGAGGAGUACCAUGAGAUUCAGCGGCUGAUAUUGACAGCCACUAAUGGGUAUAAAAAAGCAUGGAUUGGAGGCUCUGAUGCACAAAUGGAGGGCGAUUGGCAGUGGAGUGACGGUUCACGUUUCAUAGAUCUGAACUGGUGUUCUGGACAGCCUGACAACGACUUUUUUGGCCAGGACUGUUUACAGAUGAACCAUGGAGAAAACAACUGCUGGGAUGACACGAGGUGUAGCCAUCAUCUCCCGUUUGUCUGUGGCAAGGAAAUCGAUGGAUUCCUGGGUUGAGGCAUGAAGUAACUCAAAAUCACUGAUGGAUGUGUGUUUAUAUUUGCAAAAUCAUCUUUGCUUUAUCAGUCUCAUAUACAUGUAUAACCUGAAGUCGCUUUGACAUCUUUAUUUCUUUACUAUCGCUGUAACGCUACUUAAGGAACGAAGUGACAAGUGACAUAAACUGGAGCUGGUUUGUCUGUCAGGUCUUGUACCUAAAGAGCAGACUGAAUGUGUUUUGGAAAUAAUGCUUUUAGCACCUUAUUCUAGAGAGUGAUCUUGUCUUUCUUGUCUUGUUUAAAAGUAAAAGGCUGAAGCAUCAAAACAAACUGGUCUGUGAGUCUCUGUUAAAUCUACACUGCUGUUUUUUUCAAUAGAGGGAACCUUUCUUUACUUUUACUUAUUUGAGUCAUUUAUGGACAUUACAUUUAUGCUACAUCAUACAAUCAUCACGCUAUUUACUUCACAGUUUGCAGCAGUGUCUUGAACAGCAUUUUGUUUUCAGAGGAGGAACACAAAUCAAUUAAGGAACCUCCUAUUUGUGCCUAUUUACAACCGCAUACUGUCUUCUUCUUGUUCUUCCUCUUCCCCCUACUGGUUACAACCCAAUAAGCACCCAAAAUAAUGACUGUUCAAAACAGAGCCAGUGCAUUAGUGGCAACCUUUUCUAACUAUGGUUUUGCUAUCAGGGUUUUCCCUCAAAAAACCAACACACCACCAAUGCACAGCACUAGUGCUAGUCUACAGCAAACCAUGUCUAAAUUCUGACUUUAAACUUUAAAUGGCCCUAAUCCUCUUCCAUAGUUAUCUUGACAAUCCACAUUCAUCAUCCCUUCUCUGCAAAAUGUACCAGAGGCUCCGUAAGACAAAAUGUGUCGAGAGAGGAACACCACAGUAAGUGACAGUAUGGUCAUGAUGUCCUUGUGUUUUCAACAUUUCUUUUGACUUGUGUCUCUUUUUCUUUUUUAUUGUUCUGGAUCUGUUCCCAGUUUCACAGUGGAGCUCCAUCAGACUAUCAGUGUGGAUCAUAUGGAUAUAACAGCCAUGCACCUCUACACAGGACGACUGAAGCUUCAAGCUGACACUGAGUGAGAAGACAGAAGACAAGAUCAUCCUGCAGCAG